UUAUAGAUUUUUCUGUUUGAGCAAAACGGUCACCUUAACUCCCACGCUUACUGGAUACCACCGCGAAGUCACUAGGAAAACAACUGUUCAUCUUUGUUUACGUUCUCUAAUAUCAACAACGCCAUGUCAAAUCCGCAGGAGGAACUACUGCCGCCCAGCGCCGAGGAUGACGAGCUGACUCUGCCGCGGGCCAGCAUCAACAAGAUCAUCAAGGAGCUGGUACCCACGGUUCGGGUGGCGAACGAUAGUCGGGAGCUGAUCCUAAACUGCUGCUCCGAGUUCAUCCAUUUGAUCAGCUCGGAGGCCAAUGAGGUCUGUAACAUGCGCAACAAGAAGACAAUCAAUGCGGAGCACGUCCUAGAGGCGCUAGAACGCUUGGGCUUCCAUGACUACAAACAGGAGGCGGAGACCGUCCUGCACGAUUGCAAAGAGGUGGCCGCCAAACGAAGACGACAGAGCACGCGCCUGGAGAACCUGGGAAUUCCGGAGGAGGAGCUUCUGCGUCAGCAACAGGAAUUAUUUGCCAAGGCACGGGAAGAACAGGCGCGCGAGGAGCAGCAACAGUGGAUGAGUAUGCAGGCGGCUGCAAUGGUACAGCGCCAGCCACUGGCCGACGGCUCCGUUGCCAGCAAGCCCAGUGAGGAUGACGAAGAUGAAGACGACGACGAUUACUAGUAGAAAAGUGUGUCUUUCUAUGAGCUUAAUGUAGUUUUAAUCUUAAAAUAUAUGCCAUAAGUUGAA